UUUUUAGACCGGAAUUUCAAAAAUCCGAUCUAAUAUACCGUACAGAUCCGAUAUACAUUCAAAUGUCUUAAGGUUCACGUAACUUCACAUCGCGCACGUUUCGUUUUCGUUCUCUACGGGUUCACGUUGGGCUCCGAUUUCGCUCCGUGGACCGUACGGGACCAUGCGGUUCACGUUUAGUCACGUACGGGAGACCUUGUCGUAUUUCAUUCAUCAUCCAUCACAACGCAGUGACACUGCAGGGCAACAGAGUAGACCGAUUUCAUGUCCUGUGUUCACUCCCACAAUCUGGGAGCUGUAAGAAUAAUUUCAGGUUGGACAGAUGUUACAGCUGUGUGCGGUUCCCGAGGGCUGCCUUGACAUUUGAGAAGACGACCUACAAAAACACCCUCUUCACCAUCCACCCACAAAGUAACCUUGCUGAAGACAGUCCAAGAUGACGGAAGAGGUGAUCGUAAUUGCCAAGUUCGAUUACAUGGCCCAGCAGGACCAGGAGCUGGACAUCAAGAAGAACGAGCGACUGUGGCUGCUGGACGACUCCAAGUCCUGGUGGCGCGUCCGCAACGCUACCAACAAAACCGGCUUCGUCCCAUCCAACUACGUGGAGCGGAAAAACAGCGCCAGGAAAGGCUCCAUCGUCAAGAACCUCAAAGACACUUUAGGGAUCGGGAAGGUGAAGCGAAAAACAGGAAUGAGGGAUACGGCAUCAAACGCGGAGGCGGACUUUUAUCCAGACAACGGAGAGCGGCUGUACGACCUGAACCUGCCGGCACUGGUGAAAUUUAACUACACUGCCGAACGGGAAGAUGAGCUGUCUCUGGUCAAGGGCACCAGGGUCAUCGUCAUGGAAAAGUGCAGCGACGGCUGGUGGAGAGGCAGCUACAAUGGACGCUCUGGCUGGUUCCCCUCCAACUACGUGACGGAAGACGCGGAUGGCUCGGCCAGCAACGACAUGAUGGGCUUGUCAGAGAAGUUGGCCGCCGUGGUACACAGCGCAAAUGGCAAUAGGGUGCUCCAUACUGUUCAGGCUCUUUAUCCAUUUAGCUCCAGUAACGAUGAGGAGCUGAACUUUGAGAAAGGGGAAGUGAUGGAAGUAAUGGAAAAGCCGGAAAACGACCCGGAGUGGUGGAAGUGUCGCAAAGCUGACGGGCAGGUCGGUCUAGUGCCUAAGAACUAUGUCACCAUACUGCAGGAGUCUCAGAACUCAGGGAGCAUGGCUGGACCCCCUACACCUGACUUUGACUACAUCGAACCUUCUGGAAGUGGGCGCUUUGCGGGAAAGGAAUGGUACUAUGGCAAAGUGACCCGGCACCAGGCGGAGGUGGCGCUCAACCAGAGAGGCUCAGAGGGAGAUUUCCUCAUCAGAGACAGCGAGUCCUCGCCCAAUGAUUUCUCCAUAUCACUGAAGGCCCAGACCAAAAACAAGCAUUUCAAAGUGCAGAUGAAGGACAACCUGUACUGCAUCGGACAACGCAAGUUCAGCUCCAUGGAGGAGCUGGUGGAACACUACAAAAAGGCACCGAUCUUCACCAGCGAGCAGGGCGACAAACUGUACCUGAUCAAGGCCCUGGCUGCCUCCUGAUCCGGAUCGUUACCCACAUUGGAAAUCUAGAGCCACGUGGCAGGACUGAAAGACUUGGAAAAUGGAGCAUUCCAACAGAGCAGAGGAGCAGAAAAGGGGUGGGGGAGCGACAGACGGUUUUGGACUCGUGUUCAUACUCAGAGACGGCUUCACGGUCGGACGUGUAUCAGAAAUACAAUUAUGUUUAGGGCCUAGGUGAUGUAUUUUACUGUUAACAUGUAUUAGAAUUACAACUUAGGUUUUCUCUUCUUAAUAUAUAUAUUCCUUUUUUUUUUUUUCUUUUUUUUUUCUUUCGACAGAUUCUUUCGGUAAUUACGUCAUUAGAUUACUACCCAUCAUCCAUUUGUUGAAUUUCAGAUCAGCUGCGUCUCACGUUUCCACGGUUAAUAGCGUGCUGUGUUUAUAGGCAUCUGCCAUUUUGUAGAUGAAAAUGGGUGACCAAAGGAAACAACUAGCAAGGUUUAUUAAGUGAUGACUAGCUUACUGUUUACAAAGAAUAUCAGAAGAAACCGCAGUUUGCAGCUUAACAGGAUAUAACGGCUGUAUUCUUCCUGUCCUCUCAGGGACAGGAAACUGUUCUAUAUUUGAUCCCUUUUUUGAGUGACUGCUGUUUCCUGAGCAUGCCAGAGCAGUACGAGUCCUGUGCUGGGAUGCAGAUGGCCUGAACUGGAUUUCUGAUCUCGGAAUUACAAUGAUUGCAAUCAAAAUGUCUGUAGUUAUUUCUUAAGUCGAGUACAAUCUCUUCUUUAUCUCUUCUCUCCUUGGCUUUACAUCUUUGUGUCUGUCUCUACCACAAAGUGUCUUCUCCUUUGAGAACCGCAAAGCUUGAUAGCUAGAUGUUUAUUCUUUGCACCAAUACGCGACUUGUACCCGGAUAACUAAAGAUCCGAGCUCACACUCGACGUCGUCGGCGUGCCGUACACACGUUAGCUUAGCUAUUCAGCCCGGUGGCACAGUUUGAUCCGCGUGAAAAGCCUCAGAUUUCCGUAUUCUGUUGCAGUCCUUUUUGUUACAUUUUCAUAGAUUUUCGUGAUGUCAUAUCUCUAGCUUCUGCCUUCUCGCUAACGAAACUCUAAUCAGAAGAUUUUCCGGUGGAUCCGAAGACAUUCCGUUCGCACCGUGUUAUCCGGACGCUAUCGAACGGCGUUCGUGUUGUUAAUGUAACGUUGUCAGGGCCACGAAAUCUUUACUCAGCCCUCAGCCUUUAUAGGAGUUUCAGGAUUCAUCCUGUCAUCAUAAACAAGGCUGCUUUCAUGCUUGCACUUGGCUAACCAGGUGUUCUACGUGUGCCGUAAUUGUCGUAAGUAUCGCUUCAGAGCUUCACCAGGUGUCUGCACGGGUCCCUGGAACACAUUCGUCACGUCUGUCGUUUACAAAAGGUCGUUACGUAAAAGCAGAGCGACACCGUGAUCGGAUGUCGAGCGUCGCAUCAGAGUUUCAGCUUAUGGUGCAUCUAGUCGUUGUUGUUAUUGCCGUGGUGUUGUUGUUAUUCUUAGCAGUUUGUUGAACCGUUCAAGUUGCGGAUGCUUAAGACGUUAUGGGAAUUGAUAUUUAAAACCACAGCGAAUAAGAGGAUGUUGUUUUGUAACGAAAUCUGGGGUGGAUGUCGUCGUAGUUCACCGAAGGCCUUCUUCCUGGGGAACAUCAGCACUCGCUGAUUACUUCCCCAGCUGUGUAGAGUUGGAUCAGGGAAGCAGUAAGAAACGGGGGAUUUUUCAUGCAGCGAACGGAAAAAGUAGUCACAUCGGCGAGCAGAGAUCCGAGUCAGGGGUGAACACCAGGUUCACAGUGAAAUAUGAUCCAAAAAAAAAAAAGGCCUGGGGCCUAAAGGUUAGGGAAGAAACAGAUGGUGUGCAAGUGAUUGUGUCUUUUUGUUGUUGUAUUUUUUUUUUUUUUUGGUCUUCUGUGUAUGUCAGUUUGUUAUUUAAAAAAAAAUUACAGAAAAGAAAAAAAAAGUGCCUUCAUUACUGCUAACCAAAAAAGGCUUAGCGUUCCUCCGAGUCCUAGCGUCUGUCCUUUCUUGCAGCUAACCACACCUUCUGUUAUUUGAGUAUUGUUUUGCAUGUGUGUAAUCUGUCUCCUAUGUAAUUUUCUGCGUCCGACUUCCCCGCCGUUCGCCGGGCGCUGCAGAGUUGUUUUGUUUUUUGUUUUUUUCCUGUGAUAUGUGUCCGGGAAUGGCUCGAUCACACGUUUGCAUGGUAUGAAGUGACCUUAUUUUACAGCUCUAUCACUCACCAUCGAUCAUCUUCGGCUUCGGUCGGCAUGCUCGGAUCCGGGACGGCGUCGAUGUACAGUUUAAUUUAUAAAUAAAUCAGGAGCGUUAGUCUAUAUUUUCCUUUUUUUUUUUUUCUAAUAAAAAUAAACGCUGUCUAAUCUACUAACAUGCAAGUUAACUCUCAGAAGUAAGAGACGGAGCCUCGCAGGGUAAAGGCGCACCUCUUUACCUCAGAUCCGUGAGCGAUUAAGGACAACGUUUUGGUGUACGUCUCUUUCUGUGAUAUUUCUCCAGUACUCAGUUUGCCUGCCAGCACACGGAACAAAACGGGAGAACUGUGAUGAGCCUGUCGAUCCAGAUCUACUUCCUUUCAGCUCAUUCAUCACACUUCUCAGUGUUGGUCCGGAUCACAUUCUGGCUCUUGUUAACGGAAUACAAACACAGUGGCAUGGAAAGGAGGUAGUUUUUUUUUUUUUUUUUUUUUUUUUUUUUAUAUAUAUAAAUUUCUUUCUUUUUCAGUGCAAAAUGUGAUCUUUUUUACUAAAUGAUCCUAAUCCACAUUUCUAGCUGAUCUCGGUCAGACCCAUUUACAGAUUUGAACACUGAUGACCAGACAGACUCGAGUUAAAAUCACAGCUUCACGGUGCCGAUCCUAAGCUGUAGCGUUCAGAGAAACCGAUUCUCCCAGAACCCCGAGCUCCGACGUCCAGAGCCGGUCUGUUCGAGGAGGCGAUAUAGAGACGAUGCUGUGAAAAAUAAUUGUACUUAUAUGCUCACUAUCUACGUGGACUCAUCUUCAUAUCUAAUAGAAGUUUAUUAGACUGUGCAAAGGAAGUAAUAAAGUACAUAAACCAAA